UUUCGGCUUUUGUGUAUUGUAUAUUUGACAAGUUAUUUGUUUAAUAAUUGUUAAGUAAAUAUUGUCAUAUUACGUACAAAAAUACUAGUGUGUAAGUGACAGAAGGCAGAGAAACAAUGGAAUCCAAUUUGUGUCUGCCAAUUUCAGAAAUUUUCCUUUACACUUCGAGCUGAAGUUUCGUGGGAUUUGAAAAAUUUAAUUUUAAUUGAUUGGAAUAUAACCAAGUAGUAAUGAUGCCCCGGCAAAUGGUCCAGUGGCGUGUGUACGUCUACGCCAAUUCGCUAUAUUCGCUGCCGGAGCGCGAAAAACCUGACUAUCGCGAUUGGUCGCCGAAUUUCUUUCGCCGCAAUCCCUACGAAAUCCAUCGGGUUAUGAACUGGGUGAACCGGGAUGUUUCGGUGCUCGUUAAAACCGGAAAAGCAGAUGUUUUCUAUCUGUACGAGACCAUCUUGAGCCUACUACCUCGCGUGAGCAUUACGAGCUUAAACUUCGGGGCGGCGCUGUUUAGCUACUUCGGCGCCAAGACCCAUCACUUUGUCCACGAACUGGUCAACUUUGCCCGCUCCCCGUACAAUGAUCUGAUAGCCUACGAGUGUAACACUCAGUACAGAGCUUUGCCGGAGGAUGAGGGUGGUCCCAGCACUUCGUCGAUGGCUAAGGAACGCCUGGCUUUGUCCAUGAGACUGCACAACUUUGUGGAGUUCUCACGGCGCAUCAACCACGAUGAUUGCGGUGGCUUUGAGGCGGACCUAAAGCUGGAGGAUGAGGACUUCGGGGAGCUGGAUGAUUUGAUGAUCGAGCGCUUCAAUCGUCCUUUAGUGUUGCAAUUGGCAACCAGAGCCCCUCCAAAUACAUUAAUUACACCCCCUGCUCAGCAGGCUACUCAGGGGAAUCAGCAAACGAAAUCCCGUCAAGCGGCACAAAGCCAACAGCAGCAGGCUCAGCAGUCGCAGCAGUCUCAGCAGUCCCAGCAGUCUCAGCAGUCUCAGCAGUCGCAGCAGUCCCAGCAGUCCCAGCACUCCCUGCAGUCCCUACAGCCGGGACAACGUGCUCGACAUCAGCAGGCAUCGCAAUCAGGACAUCAGCAGGCCGGCACCUCGUCCAGCAGCCUGCAGGUGAACGGAAUACCCGUGGAAGAUCUGGAUCUCGAGGUGGCCAUCGAGCGCAGCAUGUUUGAGGCUGGACAAGGCGUCGUGCCAGGCGGACAGGGAUCGGAUUUCGUCCUGUCAGGCGGACGAUUGGUGCGUGUGGGCAAUACCCGUUUGGUGCGCAAUGGAAAUGGAGCCGGACCCGCACCUGGAUCCGGAUCCGGAUCGGGAACGAUGAAUGCACCACCAUCAACUGGAGCUGCAAGCAUAAUCUCAGUCCAAAAUCUUCCAGCUGCGCGUCCCCGUCGUCGUCGCCCACGCUAGGAUAAAACUUUAAUUACGAUGCCCUUUUGCGACAUUUUAAACUCAUGUAUUAUACAGCCGAGGUCUUUGUUAAUGCUCUCAAGUACUACAAAAAAGGGUUUAAAUAGCA